AUGACUGUCCGCGAGCGAGUCCAAAAAGCCGGCCAGGAACAAGUGUUCAAGUUUUUCGAUUCUUUGUCGAAGGCUGAACAGGAGAAGCUCGAAGCUGAUGUUGGAUCACUCCCGAUUGAGGAUUUGGAGCGGAUGUUCAAGGCUUCGCAGAGCUACGUAGGACCUGAUGUUGCGGGAUGCAAAGCUGUCAACGCGGAUCGAACAGGAGUUGCAUCAAAAGACGAUGGAACUUGGUUCAAGAAGGGACUUGAGCUUGUUAGUGAGUCGAAACUCGCUGUUGUUCUCCUCGCUGGAGGACAAGGAACUCGACUUGGCGUUAGCUACCCAAAGGGAAUGUACAAUAUUGGGCUUCCAAGUGGAAAGUCGCUCUUCCAGAUUCAAGCAGAACGACUCCAACGAGUUGAAGCUCUUGCUGGCAAGGGCACGAUUCAACUUUAUGUGAUGACAUCUGGACCCACCCGGGCGAAAACAGAAGCGUUUUUCAAGUCAAACAACUUCUUCGGUCUCAAACCCGCUCAGGUUCGAUUUUUCAACCAGGGUACUCUUCCUUGCUUUUCUUUCGGAGGAAAAGUUCUUCUUCAAAACAAGUCUACAGUAGCACGCGCUCCAGAUGGAAACGGUGGCAUUUACCUCGGCCUUAAAAACGAAGGCAUCAUUGAAGACAUGAAAGCAAAGGGUAUCACCAGCUGUCACUUUUAUUGUGUUGACAAUUCUCUGGUGAAAGUUGCUGAUCCAACGUUUGUUGGAUUCUGCGCCACGCUUGAUGCUGACUGUGGGAAUAAAUCGGUUGUCAAGACGAUUCCAACUGAGUCUGUUGGUGUGGUUGUCCAGGAUGCCCAAGGAGUUCAUCAUGUCGUUGAAUAUUCCGAGCUAUCAACUGAAAUGGCGGAAAAGCGAGACGAAGACGGUCAACUUACAUUCCGAGCUGGCAACAUCUGCAAUCACUACUUCACCGUUGAAUUCCUCGAAAAGGUCUGCUCCCUCGAGCUCCCCUACCACGUCGCUAAGAAAAAGAUUCCAACAGUCAACGACGAGGGCGAAUUGAUCAAGCCCGAAACUCCAAACGGAAUCAAAUUGGAAAAGUUCAUCUUUGACGUUUUCGCCUUUGCGAAGAAUUUCGCUCUUCUGGAAGUCGAUAGAGAAGAUGAGUUCUCCCCACUGAAGAAUUCCGACAAGGCACCAAGAGAUUGCCCUUCUGCUUGCCGCUGGGACUUCAUGAACAUGUGCCACCGCCAUCUCGUCGCCGCCGGAGCCAAGAUCCUUGACGGUGAAGGCGCAGAAGUUGCCCUCCCAGAGCGUCCAUCAGCUGGCUACCCCGAAUCCUACCCAGUCGACAUCGAAAUCCUUCCUUCUCGAAGUUACAAGGGGGAGAAUCUCGACGAGUUCAAAGGCGCCGCAUUGACCACUCCUGUCAUCAUCAACUAA